AGGUAAGGAAGGCAGGUUUGUCCUACUGACGCGAUCACUGUGUAAAAGUAUAAGUAUAGUAUUGAUUUUCCUUGUGUUUUUUUCCCAAAAUUCAAAACCUGAACAGAGAGAAUUUUACAUAUAUAUUAUACUACUCUUUGGAAUCUUACGUCGAAAUGUAAAUAGUGAGUAUUGUUUUAUCGAGUAUUGCCAUACUAUACAAACUGUAAUCAUCAGCAUCGCAGUGCGUAGUACAUUUAGUGUUACCAUAUGAAAAAAGAUUUACACUGACUAUUUGCUUGACAGUUAAAAUUCAAAAUAUCAAACUGAAGAUCGGGCGGACGUUACGAUUUCAUUGUUUCUCAUUUUUUAAUAAUUUCUAUUGCUGUUUAGAUAUAAUUCGUAGUGAUUAAAAUGUAUAGUUCUUACUAUAGUAGUGGAAUAUAAGUUAUUAGGAUUGUAAACCUACGUUGACAACAUGUAUUUUGAAAUCGAUAACACGCCAGAACAUAUUAGGAGGGCGCGGCGUACGGAAAAUGUUCGUAAAGAGACUCCUGAAGAAGAAUGCCCUAGGUUGAUCUUGGCUCCGUUUUCUAGGCCUCCUCAAGUGGUUUUUGAUAAUGUUCUCAUCGGGACAUCAUGUGAGCGAAAUUUGGAAGUAUUGAACCCUAUGAAACAUCCCCAACAGGUAACCCUCGCCCGCAGCCUGCCGCAAGGGCUACAGAUCCACCUGCCUGGCGACUGGCUGGAACUGGAGCCCGAGACAUGCUACUGCCUCACCAUGUCAUGGAGCCCCACGCAGCCUACCGCGCUCCGAGAGACCAUACAGUUCACCAAUGAGAAGAGAGGCCGAUAUGAAGUUAUUGUGGUUUUGAAGUCUGCUAUGAAUAUCAAAGGCAAAAACAAGCCCAAGAGUUUCAGAGUUUCUCCUGGGAAAAAAGAGAAAAAACCAUUAAAGAAAUCUCCAGUAACAAUUCAUAAAAGGAAGCCUGAGGCCAUCGUCCACGCUGUGAAACGAGCAGCACAAGUGGUCCAGCCGAGUCAAUACAAAAAACUUAAAACCUACAACAAAGAAAACAUAUCAGGAAUUCAUGAUUACACUGCGGACUCGCAACUCGGACGAUGCCCAUUCGAUUCUUUCAACAGUGUCGAUAUCCAUUUCAAUACGUCUGAAAUAUUUUCAAACAUGAAAAAGGAAAUGAUGCAGCAAACCUAUGACGCUUCCGGUUAUAUGAACGUCACGAAAGAAGCGCCGGUGCCGAGCAAUGUACUGAAACCUGUCAACAGACAGUUGAGCCCCGGUGGCGAUAUUUUCGACAAACUUUCCUUCACACCUCUAAAAACCCUCAAAAAGAGUGAGAGGUUAGAGCAAGGGCCUAAAAUUAUAAUCAGCAUGAACUCUGAUUGCGAGGAAGACAGCUUGGACAACAAAGAGAACGAUGAAAACGCUGGCCCUCACUCUAUAAUGUUCGUAACGUCGUCUCAACCGGCCAAUAAAUGGCUGUCUGCAAACCAGCAUCAGCGCCCGAACCAUUAUCUAGAAACCGCCACUGCCACAGAUAAAAAAAUCCCAAACACUUCAUCUCCAAAAGAACUGCACAGCCCAAACUUUUCUAUAAACACGGAGUUUUCUAGAAUCAGCGAUCUCUCUUUCUGUCCUCAAAGAUUUUCCACUGAGAGGAAGUUUAUCCCUAAAAUGAAUAAUGAUACCCACGACAUCGAGGACUUUGAUAAACUGAGCUCCGAUACGUACACUAAAGAAUCUCCCAACGCGGCGGUAGAUUACCCUGUGUUCUAUAUGAAGGAUCAAAACCCCUCGAAAUGCAGACAAUCGUUAUUCAGGGAGUAUAACCAACGAAAGCAAUGGGAGAAACCACCGUCUUAUCCACAAAAGAUAGAAAGUAACGUGUGGAGAAAUGAGCCUAGGAAGUUCGAAACUAACGUAUGGAGAAGUGAACCUUAUACAAAACCACAGUCACCGCCGCGCUCGAUCACCCCGCCUCUUCAAUCAAUUCCUGAAGAGAGUCAAAAUCAUUAUUCAGACACCCAAAUUCUUGACAAAACUGAUAAACAAAUGACCACUUUUACGGUGGACAGAACAUUCAACGCCACACGCGAUAGAAGCUCGAUAUCUUCAGUCAGACAAAGUUCUUGGUCCAAGAAAGAUGUGAGAGCUGACCCGACGCUUUGGAAAGUGCCAGUUUCGCAACCAGAAAGACGAACUAAAACUGGUCGGCCGUCUAUCUCACGCUCCUCUAUAAGCAAGCCCGCGAACACAACCUUUGACAAAAGUAUUAAUCAAAACAUAUCACUAAACGUCGUCGGGAAUGUAUAUUCCCAGUCUCUUACAGUGGACCCCUUCUUAUCGUCAACUUACUUCUACGACGAGGAAGCGGUGGCCAAGUUCGAAAAAGAGUUUAAAAGAUGGCUGAAUUAUAUAUUGACUCCGCCCGCCGAUCUCGACUGCAACGUGGAGCAGAAGAUCGAUGUAGGUAAAGCGUGGAUCGAGAACAGGAACAAGGAAGUGCCGCUCGCACCAACCAAAGAGCAAGUCUCGAGCGCUUACCACAAUAGCCAUAGACUGGAUAGUCUUAGAAGGGCCGCAAAAGCUUUACUGCUGAGUCCUGAAAUAUGUCAAGUUUUCCAAAAACUUACUGCUCAAAUAGAGAAAAAGCUUAUAGUGAUCAGGACCGACCGCAAUCUUCACCUGGAUGUGGGUUUACAGAAAGCUAUAAUGGAACUUCUACUGUGCUACAAUCCUCUGUGGCUACGUAUCGGUCUCGAAGCUCUCUACUGCCUAGUCUUGCCUCUGAAAUCCAACAGUGACAUUGAUGGUCUGACAACCUUCAUCAUUCAAAGGAUGUUCAAGAACCCAUUCCUCAAAAAUAAGCAUUCUAAAGCUUCGGCGCCGAACAUGCUGCUGCCAGCUUAUAUGGAAGCCAUCAAGAAGUUUACUCUGAAGAAGUUUUUCAUGUUGGUUUACUUCUUGGAUCAAGCCAAGCAGAGGAAGCUGAUAUCCCACGAUCCUUGCCUGUUCCGCCGCAACGCUAUAUGCAAAGAGAGCAGAGAAAUCGUGAUAAGAUUUACGCGCGAAUUGAUCGCCGGCAUCGGCGACAUCACCAAGCACCUGCGGCCGCUCGGCUACGUGGUGUGCCACAAGCAAACGUACCUGGACGAAUACUUAUACGCCGUCCACAACAUAGCGGUCGACAUCAGAGAUGGCGUGCGCUUGACCAAGGUCAUGGAAAUAAUCCUGAUGAAGAAUGGCCUAUUGAACCAACUGAGAACGCCCGCUAUUUCCAGACUGCAGAAAAUACACAACGUCCAAGUGGCGCUAACAGCGCUUAAAGACGCGAAUUUUGUGAUCGUCGGUGAGAUCACCGCAACCGACAUCGCCGGCGGGCACAGGGAGAAAACUAUGUCGCUCCUGUGGCAGCUGAUACACGUGUUCCGCGCCCCGCUGUUCGAGACCGCCGCCAACGUGAUCCAAACCUGGUGGAAGAAGAAGUACAAGGUGAUCGUGGAGAAGAGGAUGGCGGAGGAACGCGAGCGGCAGCGGCUGGACACCGCGGCGCGCGCCAUCCAGUGCUGGUGGCAGCGGAUCCAGUACAACCGCCUCGUGGAGAAACAAAUGCAGCUGUACACGUACUCCACCGUCAUCAUCCAGAAAUACUGCCGGCGCUGGCUCUGCCGCACUCGCCUGCUCAAACUCAAGACCAGCGUGUUGAGAAUCGAAGAAUGGUACAGAGGUAUCAAGAUGAUCAACGAAGCUAAAGAUAUCCUCCAGAAAUUAAGAUCGGAAAGGGAGGAGUUGCGAACGAAAUCUGCCAUUGAAAUCCAGCGCAACUUUAGACGCUGGUCGUGCGUCACAAAGUAUCAGAAAACUUUAAAGAAUAUCAUCAUCACACAGAGCUUGGUGCGUCGCCAUCUUGCCCGAAAACAAUAUUUGCAAAUGAGAAAGACUGUAAUACUCAUCCAACAAAGAUAUAAGAGCAAAUUACUGAUGAAAGAGGAAAUGAAGAAACUGGCGCUGCAAAGGCAUUGUGCCAUUGUUAUACAAAAACAGUAUAGAAUGAUAAGACAGUACAGGGUCUACCAGAAGCUGAAGUUUGCAGUUCAUACUAUCGAGAGAUACUAUAAAGCGAUGACUCAAAUGAGGCAAGAGCGUGAGCAAUAUUUGCGACUGAAGAACGCCGUAAUAAAAGCACAAGCCAUGUACAGGGGCCGACAGGUCCGCCGAGAGUUUACGAGGCAGGUGUCUUUGAUGGUUACUUUACAAAGAAGAAUCAGGGCACACCAGAUAAUGAAAAAAGAAAGGUCUCAAUUCAAAAAUAUCAAAAAGGCUGCAUGUACUUUACAGCAACGCUUCAGGUCGUAUCUCAUUAUGAAGGAAACUAGGCAUGUUUACAUAUCUCAGCGUCAGUCAGCAAUUACGAUACAGAGGCAUUUCCGAGCAUAUGUACUUGGAAAGGCCGAAAGAAACGCUUAUUUGAAGACGAAGUCUGCCGCUAUAGUAUUACAAAGACAUUAUAGGAGUCUACUCUUGAUGAGAGAGGAGAGGACUACCUUCUUGAGACUAAAGACUUCUGCGAUAUGCAUACAAAGGUACUACCGAGCCUUGCUGGAGAUGAGAAAAUGCAAAACAUGCUAUCAAAAACUGUACGCCGCAACCACUUUGAUUCAGCGAAAAUACAGAGCAAGGUUGCAGAUGAAAAUAGAAAAGUCGGAAUUCUUAAAACUGAAAGCAGCCAGUAUAAUAAUACAGAAUCGGUACCGAGCUCUAGUUGUUGGGAGGCAACAGAGAAACCAAUUCCAGAAAGAGAAGAUGGCAGCGAUUACAUUGCAAAAUUGGUUUAGAAAUUGCAGAAAAGGCAAAGAGAUACAACAACAGUAUCAGCAGUCGAAACAGGCCUGCGUUACAAUUCAGAGAAUUUAUAGAGCCUUUAUCUUAAGCAAAAAACAGAGAAUAGAAUAUCUUAGAAUAAAAACUGCAACUAUUUGCAUUCAGAAUUACUAUAGAUCUUACGUAGAAAUGAAAACUGUAAGGGAACAGUUCAUCAGGCUUAAGGCGUCAACUGUAACCAUCCAAAGAUUUUACAGGGGACACUUGGAAACUAAAAAGCUAAGAGAAGACUAUCUUCGUACGAAACAAGCAGCUACUGUGAUUCAAGAGUUCUACAGAAGAUACAAACAGACUGUUAUAACGAGACAACAAUACUGUACUUUGAAAAAGAAUGUUAUCUGCUUGCAGAGACGGUACAGAAGUCUUCUGGCUAAGAGGAAGGUACAAAGUGCUUAUGAAAAUCUUAGAAAAUCAGUCAUUCUGGUGCAACAGAAAUACAGAGCUUUAAUUGCCAUGAGAAAUCAGCGAACAGCAUAUUUGACAUUAAAAUCCGCUGCACAAGUUUUACAAACAAGGUAUAGAGCACAAGUAGCAAUGAAGUAUGAGAAACAAAGAUAUGUGUCGAUAUUGAAAGCUACCAUUUGUAUUCAAAGAUUCUACAGGGCGCGUUUAGAAGGAAGAGGACAAAGAAAUCAGUAUUUACGAUUAAGACAAGCAGUUAUUUUAAUACAGCAGAAAUAUAGGGCACUACUUGCCAUGAGGACAUGCAGGGCCUGCUAUUUAGAGACUAAAUCCGCUGCUAUAUGCGUACAGAGGAGAUACAGAUCCCGUUGCCUGAUGUUGCGAGAGAAAGCCGAAUUCAAAAGGACCCUGUCCGCGUGUGUUACCAUUCAGAGGUACUUCAAAGCUUACAUUGCAGGCAGAAAACAAAGAUUGGCAUACGAAACACAAAAGGCUGCUGCCAUUCUGUUACAAAGACAUUACAGAAGCGUUAGAGAAACUAGGGAAGUCCGAUCUCAGUAUUUGCAUUUGAAACAAGUUGUUAUUACAGUGCAAAGAAGAUUCAGAGCCAAUUUAGCGGCCCGAAGCGUUAGACAAGAGUUUAUGAGAAUCAGACAAAGUGCCACAAAAAUACAAUCUACAUUCCGAAUGUACUCUGCCCGCAAGAAAUGGUUGGUAUUAAAGAACUCCGCUGUGAUAAUCCAGAGGUUUUACAAAUCCUACAGACACGCGAGAAACACGAGGGAGCAAUAUCUUCGUAUCAGGUCGAUUAUCAUCAAGUUACAGGCUCUCGCUAAACGCGUUAUUGUACGAAAGCGCUACUUAGACCAUUUGCAACGUCUUCUCAAGCAACGUAGAGAAGCGGCAGCCAUAUGCAUUCAAAGCAAUUUUAGACGAUAUUUGGUACAGUCUCGUUAUCUAAACUAUAGAAAACAUGUAACUUACAUUCAAAAACUGUGGCGAGGAAAGCUUCUGACAAGACAGAUGCGUUCUGAGUUUGUCCAGAAGAGGAUCUUUAUCACCAAGUUGCAAGCAGUAAUCAGGGGAUACUUAGUUAGGAAAGAAGUGGCCUUCAAGAGAGAAAACUUGCUCAGAAUUCGAGAGGAACAGAGGCAACACUGGGCAGCAUGUAAAAUACAGGCGGUAUUCCGAGGCCACCAGGUGCGCUCGCGCUCCGCGCUGCACAACCCGCGCGCGGCGGCGCUGCGCCGGCGCUGGCGCGAGGGCGCGCUGCGCUCCACGCAGGACACGCUUGAAGAACGCUACGAUCAGGCCAUGGAGGUGCUCAACAACUUCUCCGACAUGGAGUCCGUCAUCAUCGCCUUCCGCUCUCUAGAACUUCUAACGGAGGUGUUCCCGAUGAUGUACAACGAGACGGCCCCGAAGGUGGUCAGCUGCGUGUACAACUACAUGUCUGUCAUGAACCGCUCCAUCUCCAGUGUGGAGGUGCUCAAAUCGGCAGCCUCCGUACUGGCCAACCUUACGCGGUAUCGCGUUACUGGACCCAAGAUCUACGCGCGUGAACACAUACCUCCUCUCCUGAAGUACAUGUGGCGCUUCAGCACCAGCGAGGUGCAGCUGUUCCUCAUCCUGUCCACUUAUCUGUGGCUCUUCUCCAAAUACGACGGCGUAAGAGAGGAUCUCACAGAGUACCUGCACACACCAGAGAAUCACAAAAUGAUGGAGUCAAUCAAACGCAACGUGGAACGGGUUAGGCGCAUGGCCAGCAACGCCAUCAAGCACAAGCCCAUCACACCGGCCAAGUUUAACCCUUCCGCGAGUUUCUCCCACAACACCACCCUCCUGCCGGCGCUCGAGCCUGACUAUGGCAUCGCAAGGGUUGACCACCAUCGGUACUUCGUCGACACCCAACAAGCCAUACAUUGCCUCUUCCGUACAUAUAAGCUUUAAUUUUUAAUAGUUAUUUGUUUUACAAGGGGGCAAAGUGGUUGUUUAACCGCACGUGCCAAUGUUGAUAUCCGAGCAAGCGAAAGAUUCCAAUAUUGAACCGCGAGCGUAGCGAGUGGUUCA